UUUUGAAAGUAAUGUGGUGACAUUAUCGGAGCUUUUUAUGAGGUUUUCGAUUAACAUUAAUGUUUUAAUAGUUCAUAAUAUCGUCAGGACGUAUCGUGGUCUUUCGUCCAAAAUGGCGUCCAAGUAGAAAGUUCACGGUUUUUCCUUAAUCUGUUGAAAUUUCUCGCACGUAGUCUGGUUGAAUCUCAUCAGGCUGAUCUGCCAUGAACACUUUGGAGGAGAAGCUCAGAGGUCUAUCCAUCGCUCGGUGGUCUCGCCCAGAGGAACCCACCUACCUGCUGGACGUCGCUCUGCAGCCGAGCGGCCUGCUGGCCGUGACCUGCUCCAACUUCACCAUCCACCUCCACAACAAGGACACUCUGAACCUAGUGGGAGAGUACCAGGGCCACAGCGGGCCGCUUUGUGGUGUCGUCUUCUCCCACACCUCCCCAGACUUUCUCUACUCUGGUUCUGCUGAUGGUACGGUCCGGGGGUGGGACGCCCGCCGCCCCGGGACAGAGGCAGCUCAGAUGUUUAAAAGUGACCCGUCACACAGCUACUGCAGCUUCGACCUGAGCUGCAGCGACACGCUCCUGUGUGCUGGCACUGAGCAGGUAAACGAUGAAGACAGCUUCCUGGUUUUCUGGGACGUCAGGAAGCCAGGCGGUGGCAUUCUGGGGGUGUACUCUGAGUCGCACAGUGAUGACGUCACACAGGUGCGCUUCCAUCCCAGAGACAAAGACCGCCUGGCGUCCAGCUCCACAGACGGCCUCGUGAAUGUUUUUGACCUGAGCCGGGGGGCGGAGGAGGAGGCCCUGCUGGCCACCUGUAACAGCGACUCAUCUGCCGGCUCGGUCUGCUGGUCUGGAGCAGAUUACACUCAGCUGCUGUGCCUCAGCCACGACGAGGGGCUGCACCUGUGGGAUCUGGGUCAGCUGGACACGGACGAGCCUCUUACCAUUUUCAGCACCUCUGACGCUCGCAGCCUGACUCCGCUGGCUGAUGGGGGCAGCGUGGAUUACCUGGUGGGGGGGAGGUGGCUGGAAGAAGCCCAAAAGCUGCUCGUGGUCGCAGGGAUGAACAGCGGGGAUCUCCACCUGAUGGAGUGUGAUGGCGGGGGGCUUCGUCGGCUGAGGAGCCUCGAGAGCGGCCACACCUCCACGGUGCGUUGCUUCCUGUGGGACGCAGCGGAGGAAGCUCUGGUCACCGGGGGAGAGGAUGCUCAACUGUUGCUAUGGAAACCAGGAGGGGAGGGACUCACGACAGGGAAAAGGUCCAUGAAGAGCGAAUCAGCUUUGAGACUCAAGUCCAGGCCACAUAAAAAACACGGCUACCAGAGAGAAAAGAAGGCAGCGACGUCGCCAAAUGACGUCGUCUGAAAACACUGAAUCAUGGCGACUGACUGCGCCGGCUGCUCCUCUGCCAACAUUUAUCUCUGAGAGAAACAAUAUUCAGACUUCAUGUUUUUUAAGAGUUUUACACAGAAAUAAAAAUUUGUACAGGACAGACCAUCAGGAGAGAAAAACCUUUGAAAAACGUCUGAUCUAACUAAAAGUUUGGUUGCUUCCGUUACGUUUCCUGUGGCGGUGGGAUCUCUGUACCGUACUCCACCUUUGACCAGGUGGAUGUGUUCAUUCGGCCAAUAGAAACGCUGAUGCACUGAGUCUGGAAAUGAAGAAAUGAUCAUCAGUUUACAGUCCGUGAUCGCUCUGAUCAAUAUUUAUAUAUUACCUGCAUCAUCGUGACAUUACGUCCCUUUCCAGGAACAGAAAGGUCAUGUGACUGUACUUUACGCCUGCAUUAACAUGUGAUCUGGAUACAUCCACCAGCUUUUGCGUUUGCAGCUGGUCUUGAUUCAGUUUGAGAGUUAGUUGGCUAAUGUAUUGUGACAGAUGGAGACUGGUAAUGGCAGGCGGGCUAGUUUUGGCCCACCUUUAGCUGUGGUCUGGCCUGUCUGAUCACAUUCUGACUGCAGCGCCUUCUACAUACAUUAAAACCAGCUGUAACCUGCGUUCUCCCCGAUCCAGAGUAGAUGUCCACAUACAGACUGACUGUUAACACAAGGUGGAAAUGUUGUCUCCCACUCAGUGAAGCAGUCCUGAGUCUCAGUCCUGAACCACAGACCAGGUCUAAGCAGGACUUGAGUAUGAAAUAUGUUCACGGUGGAGUAGUGACAAAAUGUCAAAGAUGCUGGACUAAAUACUUUUGUUAUAUGUGUGAUUUUGUUUUCCUGCAUUGCAACACACAAAGGAAACAGAAGAAAUAUUCCAGGAUCUGUGAAAACAUACAAAACAUUUAUAGAUAUUUGGAAAAGAUUUGUUUUCUCUUUGUGAAGUUUGGUAGGCGGUGGCGUUUGAUCGACGAAACAUCUAAAACAGUGAAGUACACUGAUUUGUUGAAUACUAACUGAAAACACUGUGAAUCUUAAUAUACAGCCCGUACUGUGUGCUGAGUGUGAAAUUGGGCCACGGCCAAGCUUUCUUUGAUGUUUUCAUUUUAAAGCAGAUUUUUGUCUAAAUGUCCAUGAUUGUGACUUUUUGUGAAGAACUCCAGUUUGAAGCUGCUCUGGUUCAUUCGGCAGGAGCACUGCUGUUACUGCGUCACAUCCCGAAAGUCACCGGAGCCGCUCGGCACAGCAGGAUCACGCUGAGAGCGCAGAUCUGCUCUCAAAUGGCAAAGAGUGGAAUAACAUGAUUGGCAGUGCGAGUGUGUGUUUGUGUUUCUGUGUGCGACUGAAGAGAAAUCCUGCAGCGACUGAAGAGAAAUCUCCUUCACAUUAGAGACAUUAAACGAUAAUUCUGUCUGGUG